GGCGGGCGGCCGCUGGAGCCGGACAUUCGAGAGCGGUCCGCGACACAGUCCCUGCACCCAACACAGCUCUAGCCUGAGGAGGCUGUACAAUCCUCGGCAGUGUCCUGAGACUGUACGGUCAUCUCCGCGUACGCGCCUGCCGGGCCCUGGACUCUUGCAACUCCCAUCGUUGCAGCCACUUUUUCUUCUCUGUUUUCUUUUCUUUUCCUUUUUUUUUUUCUUUUUUUUUUCUUUUUUUUUUCUUUUUUUUUUUUCUUUUUUUUUUGAAAACCCAGAAAAGUGACUCUUCUUCGUGGGAAAAAGGAACUUCGGUCCCGCUCUCUCUGCCCUCUUUUUGGAUUUGACAGCCUCCUCCCACUCCUUUUCCCGACCCCGCCUCCCUGUGCAGGUUCCUCCCAGUCACCUUUCUCCACCCUCCUCCCCCGCACCUACCCAGCCUCCCGCAAACUUCCACCUGACCGUGCGGGGCGCCCGGGACCUGUGAGCACCUGGGACCUUUAACACCGGCCCCGGCCGCGAGGAGUUGGCGAGGGCCACAGCGAAGGCGGCGCCUGCAAUCCCCACUGGCCACGGAGCCCAGGUGUCCGGCGUCUCAGAACACCACGGCGACAAUGACAACUGACAAGGAGAAGAAAAGGAGCAGCUCAGAGAGGAGGAAGGAGAAGUCCCGGGAUGCUGCCCGGUGCCGACGGAGCAAGGAGACGGAGGUCUUCUACGAGCUGGCCCACGAGCUGCCCCUGCCUCACAGCGUGAGCUCCCACCUGGACAAAGCCUCCAUCAUGCGGCUGGCCAUCAGCUUCCUGCGCACACACAAGCUCCUGUCCUCAGUUUGCUCUGAAAAUGAGUCUGAAGCUGAGGCUAACCAACAGAUGGACAACUUGUACCUGAAAGCGUUGGAGGGCUUCAUUGCCGUGGUGACCCAAGAUGGCGACAUGAUCUUUCUAUCGGAAAACAUCAGCAAGUUCAUGGGACUCACACAGGUGGAGCUAACAGGACACAGUAUCUUUGACUUCACUCAUCCCUGUGACCACGAGGAGAUUCGUGAGAACCUGAGUCUCAAAAAUGGCUCUGGUUUUGGGAAGAAAGGCAAAGACAUGUCCACAGAGCGGGACUUCUUCAUGAGGAUGAAGUGCACCGUCACCAACAGAGGCCGGACCGUCAACCUCAAGUCAGCCACCUGGAAGGUCUUGCACUGCACCGGCCAGGUGAAGGUCUACAACAGCUGCCCCCCUCACAGUAGUCUGUGCAGCUUCAAGGAGCCCCUGCUCUCCUGCCUUAUCAUCAUGUGCGAACCCAUCCAGCACCCAUCCCACAUGGACAUCCCCCUGGACAGCAAGACCUUCCUGAGCCGCCACAGCAUGGACAUGAAGUUCACCUACUGUGACGACAGAAUCACAGAACUGAUUGGUUACCACCCUGAGGAGCUGCUCGGCCGCUCAGCCUACGAGUUCUACCAUGCCCUGGACUCAGAGAACAUGACCAAAAGUCACCAGAACCUGUGCACCAAAGGUCAGGUGGUGAGCGGGCAGUACCGGAUGCUUGCAAAGCAUGGGGGUUACGUGUGGCUGGAGACCCAGGGGACGGUCAUCUACAACCCUCGCAACCUGCAGCCCCAGUGCAUCAUGUGUGUGAACUAUGUCCUGAGCGAGAUUGAGAAGAACGACGUGGUGUUCUCCAUGGACCAGACAGAAUCCCUGUUCAAGCCGCACCUGACGGCCAUGAACAGCAUCUUUGACAGCAGCAGUGAGGUGGCUGUGUCUGAGCAGAGUGACUACCUGUUCACCAAGCUGAAGGAGGAACCAGAGGAGCUGGCCCAGCUGGCCCCCACUGCGGGGGAUGCCAUCAUUGCCCUGGAUUUCGGGAGCCAGAACUUUGAGAAGUCCUCAGCCUACAGCAGUGCCCUUCUGCCCCCGAGCCAGCCGUGGUCCAGAGAGCUGAGGAGCCACAGCACCCAGAGCGAGGCCGGGAGCCUGCCCGCCUUCACCGUGCCCCAAGCGGCUGCCUCCGGGAGCACCACCCCAAGUGCCACCAGCAGCAGCAGCUGCUCCACGCCCAGCAGCCCCGGAGACUAUUACACAUCUCUGAAUGACGAUCUGAAGAUUGAAGUGAUCGAAAAGCUCUUCACCAUAGAUACAGAGGCAAAGGACCAGGGCAGCACCCAGACGGACUUCAGUGAGCUGGACUUGGAGACCCUGGCCCCCUACAUCCCCAUGGACGGGGAAGACUUCCAGCUCAGUCCCAUCUGCCCCGAGGAGAGGCUUCUGCAGGAGAAGCCCCAGUCGACCCCCCAGCACUGCUUCAGCACCAUGACGAACAUCUUCCAGCCGCUGGCGCCUGGGGCCUCCCACAGCCCUUUCCUCCUGGACAAGUAUCAGCAGCAGCUGGGAAGCAAGAAGAUAGAGCCUGAGCACCGGCCCCUGUCCUCCAUCUUCUUUGAUGGCGGCAGUAAAGUGUCCCUGCCCCCGUGCUGUGGCCAAGCCGGCACCCCUCUCUCCUCCCUGGGAGGCAGGUCCAGCAGCACACAGUGGCCCCCUGAUCCGCCAUUACAUUUUGGGCCCACGAAGUGGCCUGUUGUGGAUCAGCACACAGAGUCCUUGGGGCCAUCACCGUUGGGGGCCCCCGUCAACUCGCCCCAUCUCUCCGUCUUCAAGAAAAAGUCUGCAAAAGGCUUUGGGCCCCAGGGCCCGGAUGUGAUGAGCCCGGCCAUGGUAGCCCUGUCCAACAAGCUGAAGCUGAAGCGACAGCGAGAAUAUGAGGAGCAGGCCUUCCAGGACCUGAGCGGGAUCCAGGGGGACCCAUCAGGCAGCAGCACUUCACAUCAGAUGUGGAAAAGGAUGAAGAGCCUCAGGGGCAGCAUGAACUGCCCUUUGGUGCCCGACAAGUUGCUGAGCGCAAGCGCCCCCAGUGAUGAGUUCACCCAACUUCCCAUGAGGGGUGCGGGACAGCCUCUGAGACAUCUGCCGCCGUCUGCCAUGAGCCCCAGGGAGAACACCAAGAGUGGGUUCCCCCCACAGUGCUACGCCCCCCAGUACCAGGACUACAGCCUGCCGUCAGCUCCCAAGGUGUCAGGCAUGGCGAGUCGGCUGCUUGGGCCCUCCUUUGAGCCCUACCUGCUGCCCGAAUUGACCAGAUAUGACUGUGAGGUGAAUGUUCCUGUGCCAGGAAGCUCCACGCUCCUGCAAGGAGGGGACCUCCUCAGAGCCCUGGACCAGGCCACCUGAGCCAGGGCCCUCCACUGGGCAGGCCCCCCGCCCCCCUGCCCGCGCCGCCCCACCAGCUUCACUCUCUACGUCUAUUUUUGCAACUAGGUAUUUCUAACACCAACACACUUUUUACAAGAUGUACCUACCUGGUGAACUCGCCCACGUCCCCACGUGGUGGCCUUUUUCUAAAGAUGCUCACUUUAGUGUAUUUUUAAGAUGCACAGUUGUUUUACCUGCUGUGUUUUAUUCUGUCAAUGAAACGUUCUUAAAUUUUUAAGAUUUUUCUUCCCCCGACUUUGAUUACUUCUAAUUUAUAUUAUUCAUGGGUCCCUCUGUCUCGCUCUCACACACACGAUAUCCAUACUAACGAGUUUUGUGUACAUUUGUUCUCUUGUAGGGAAAGCUUUGGCUUCAUUUAACUAAAAAGGUCUUGUUGUUGUUGCCAAAGAGAAACAAAAUAAUUUUGCUUUCCAAGCUUGAUUUUCAUGGCCUCUUCCCUCUCAAAGCCCUUCCUUCUUUUUUAAAACUAAUCACCAUAUAAUAAAUUUCCAUCUUUUCUUCUUUUCUUAAGCUGACUCUCGGCUCUAAUUUUGACACAACUGUUGGGGAAAAGGAAAAUGCAAAGGGUGGGCUCCAGCAUAUGGGGUUAACUGUGAAGGUUGUGUAGUGUGGCUUUUCCCCCAGUGUGGUUUUUCUCCCGCAUUCAGUGGAUUUGUUUGGUAAUUAUUAUUCAAAAAUAUAAGAGUUCUUUAAAAAGAAAAGUUAUAUCUGGGUUAAGUGUUUAUCAUAUAUAUGGGUACUUUGUAAUAUCUAAAAACUUGGAAAUGGAAUUCUGCUCACGAAAUCACUUUAAGAUCUUUUUGAAGCUGUCCAUUUUCUCUCCCCUGGUGUUGCUGACACUGCAGAUUGUACAGAACUCCCACGGGCCUGUACCAGCACUGCUCAAGGCCUCUUGCUGGUGGCUUUUUGCUUCGGGGAUAUGCCCUGGGCAUGACAGACAAUCCAAGACGUGGAAUCAUAAAGUGUGGGAGCACUGUGAGCUGUCUUCUCGUGUUCUAUAUGUAUUAUGUAUGUAUGUAUGUAUGUAUGUAUAUUAUUGCUGCCAAGAGGGUCUGAUGGCAUGUCAUGGGGUGGGGGUGAGGGUGGGGCAAAUCUAAGGGAGGGGAAGUGCUUUAAUUUUUCUUCAGAUUUUGUUGCCAGCCCUUCAAGUGCACUGAGCUAUGGGACCCAAAAGGUCUUUCACAUGGCACAUUUGGGUAUUUCCAGAAUUACCACGAGACGGUUUUGGUGGGAGUUCAUGAAAGACAGGAUUCAGAAAUGGGGGUCGUGAUCCAGCCAUGGUGCUCCCAGCUUACCAGCCGGGAGCACAUGUUGCUGGCCUGAGAGAGGAUAUGGGAAGGGGGCACAGCUGGUCCUGACCGGCCACACACCCCUUCCUCAGCCUGCCAUUAGGUGGCCCAGCAAGGAACAGCAGGCAGACUUCCUGGGUGGCCCCUAGCCUCAGGCCUUCCCCAAGUUCUGUCUGUCACCUGAAGUGACUUAUUUAGGUAGGAAGCACUGAAAAUCAAGUGUUCUCAGAGCACUUUGUAACUCACUGGGUAAGAAGGACGAUACCUUUUUGGUUUUUAAAUACCAAUCACAUGGAGCUUUUCUGUCCUGGAUACAACAAGGAAGUUUCUAGAAACACACACAAAGCACAGCAGGUAAAGAAUUUGGUAAAGCUGGAGGGAUAUAUUGCCAAAAACACAACAAAAAAAAAACAAUUUCAAAAGAAAUCUCUAAGAAGAAUGACCCGGUCGCUGCAUUGACCAAAUCACACUUUAGCACCACCGCUUUGCCCCACACACGACGGCAGAACUUGAAGGGUUACUGAUGUGUAAAUGCUGGUGUUUGGUGUUUGAUUUCCUGUGUGUGUUGCCUCAGCAUUAAGGGCAUUUUUACCCUUGCAGUUUUACUAAAACACUCUGAAAAAUAUUCCAAGCUUCAUAGUAACCUUACCUGUCAACGUAACGAGUUCAUGAACAUUGUAUUGUCAAACUCCUACUGACAACAUUAUUACUAUAGGGGAGCUUAACUUUAUAAAGAAAUGUAUUUUGACACUGAUAUCUUAUUAAAGUGUUCUGAUCCUA